ACCAGGAAAGGGAAUUGGUUGAAAUGAAAAGUAUGAAUUUUACUCUGGAUUAAAUUAAUUAUUAGUAGCAGCUGUCAUACCAGAAUUACGACCAAAAGGUAUGAGUCUUGGAGCAGACAAAGUAGGCAUUGUAGAAGAAAAAUACAGAUUCCAAAAAAGAAGAGGAAGAAGUUAAAAUGGAGAAAGGAACAUUUGUGAAAAUUAUAGCUGGAAAGCAAAAUACAAAAAAGUAUGAGGAAUAUAAGGACAAGGAAUCCAAGGGACUCGAGCAAAAGAUGGAUAGAAAAGGAUCAAUGUCCCCUGACCCCGAAGACGGUGAAGAUGGUGACAAAAGUAGUAAUAAAAGAAAGAAAAUCGGAAGUACGAUGCACAAUAAGAACAAGUAUGAUAAAGUGGGGGAUAAAAAAUCAGAAAGACGAAAAAGGCGCUCCGAAUCUAAUGAUGACAGCGAUAGUGAUUCUGAAAAGAAGAGACGGAGAGAAAGAAGUAACUCUAAUAGGAAUGAUUCUUAUAAAUUAAAAAGAUUGAAAAAGUCAAAGAAAGAUAAGAAGCACGAUUGCUCAUCCGAAAGAUCAAGUAAAAAACAUAAAAAGAAAGAGAAAGAAAGAGAAAACGUUAGAGAUAAGAAACCCAGAGAUUACGCAGACAGAAAGAAACACAAAAGACGAGAAAGAUCAAGAUCUCGAUCAUUUAGUAGGCAGUAAUAUUUUCCAGGGACGUAUUCGGUCAUUUUACUUUCAAGAUAAAUUGUACAAUUUUAUUUAUACAGAUUUUAUAAUAAAGUGUAUUUUUACAAAAUA